AUUGACGCUUGUCGCAGCGUGUGAGACUAACAGGCGAUUACGGAAAUAACUGCUUAGUCCGAAUCAAAUAAAUAAAGGAUUAAUAUCGCGCGCACCACCUGUGUAAGCCCGUAAAACCCGACACAAUGUCCAGGCAAUCCAACCGUGCAACAGACAGCAAGAAGAUGAACUCGGAGUUGUUCACACUGACUUAUGGGGCCCUGGUCACCCAGCUUUGUAAAGACUAUGAGAAUGAUGAGGAGGUCAAUAAACAGUUGGAUAAGAUGGGUUAUAACAUUGGCGUGCGUCUGAUUGAGGACUUCCUGGCGCGCUCCAGCAUCGGCAGGUGUCAGGAUUUCCGAGAAACAGCCGAUGUCAUUGCUAAGGUUGCAUUUAAAAUGUACCUCGGAAUCACCCCCAGUGUGACCAACUGGAGCCCUGCAGGAGAUGAGUUUUCCCUUAUCCUCGAGAAUAAUCCGCUGGUAGACUUUGUGGAGUUGCCAGAUAACCACAGUGCACUAAUCUACUCCAACCUUCUGUGUGGGGUCCUCAGAGGAGCCCUGGAGAUGGUCCAGAUGGCGGUGGACGUGAAAUUUGCCCAGGACACUCUUAGAGGGGACAGUGUGACAGAAAUCCGCAUGAAGUUCAUUAAGAGGAUUGAAGAAAACCUCCCUGCGGGAGACGAGUGAUGGAAACACAAAGAUCGCCUGUGUCCCACAGAGGGAGGACUAAUUUAAACACGGAACACUUUCACACUUUAAAAGAUGAACUUAAUUCCCACCGUCAAACUGCGUGGUAAACUUUAACAGGAGUGUUACUUUCCUCGCAGCAUAACAUCUCCACGAGUCGACGGAGAGGCCGAAAGAUUCACUAAAAAGAUCUCAAUUGACUCGUAGCUGCAAUUUCUCUGACCAUGUUUAACCCAUGUUUAAAGAGACUCUUGUUGAUGCUCAGCCUUGUAUGUUAACAGAGAUGUCUUUUUCUCAUGAAUUGGUCAUUUUCUGUGUUUUUUUUUUUUUUUUUUUUUUUGGUUUGUUUUGUUUAAAUGAAAUCACUGUAUUGCUGCCAAUUAUCUGGCAUGUUAAUUUAUGAUAAUGUCAAGUAAAUUACAGAUUUGAUGCAAUGUUUUUCUCAUCUGUUUGUGAGAUUUGACACCUAAAUCCUGCUUGGGGACCUUGAA